AUGUACACAGAGGCGCAUAGGGUUCUACUUACCUAUAUCAGAUCUGUCAAGACGAUCAAGUUACAGGAGCUUCUUGACGCUUUCGCUUUGAUCUGCCAGCGAUUAGGCGUCGCAGAACAUCCAACACGAGAUUUACUUAAUCAAUACGUAGCAGAUAUCAAUAUCCAAAUAUCACAGCAAGGGUUUAAGAUAGAUCGGAAGAAUGACGAGGUUGAUGGGUCGCUACAUUUUAUAUUCAUCAAUACCAUAGUUGACGAUAUAAUGAAAGAAAGUUCGUUGUACACAACAACAGAGCUUGUUUCGAUAAAGGUGAUUAUUGAGGAUAUAAUCGAGGCGCCAAAUUUUGCUUUUUCGACAAGUAGGACCUCGGCACAGCAGAUUGUCGCUGCUCAACAGAAUAAAGUCACCAAAGAUGCCGUAGCAUUUGUCGAUCGGUUGAUUGACGACGGAUGGUUUGACGCUACGUUGAACGAUUACUUGGUAUUAUCGGUCAAGAGUUUGUGUGAAUUGAAGCAAUAUUUAAUCGAUGGGUAUGGCAGGGGAAGUGAAGAGGGUGGUGAAAAGCUACUCAUAUGCUGUCAAUGUAAAGAGAUUGUCACAUUGGGUUAUUAUACGUUGGAAAAAGAUGCGUUUCAUAGGAAAUGUUACGACGUUUAUUGCAGAAACAAUGGAAUACCCAACAGGGAAUCUACCUUAUCAAAAGUAGGACCCGAUCCUUCCACAUUAUAA